AUGUUUCAGGAGAACUGUACGGCAAUGCUGGAUUUUAUGUUUUUGGCUUUUCCCACUCAACCACAGUAUCAGUAUUUGCUUUUCUUGGGGAUUAGCACAGUUUAUGCAAUCAUAAUCACAGGUAACACACUGAUUAUAUUAGCUGUCUGGAGGAACCCUCACCUGCACACCCCUAUGUAUUUCUUUUUGGGUGCUCUCUCUGUGAUUGAACUUUGCUAUACAGCAACUGUGGUUCCACAGAUCUUGGUGACCAGCUUGAAGAAGAAGAAGUUCAUCAGUUUUAGGAGCUGCUGUACUCAGAUGUUUCUUUUCAUUGGACUAGGUAGUGCUGAUUGCUUCUUGCUGGCCAUCAUGGCCUUUGACCGUUAUGUGGCUAUUUGCAAGCCUUUGAGAUACAUCUUCAUCAUGAGUCAGCAGCUAUGCAUUCAGCUAGUAGUUGUGUCAUUGCUUAUUGCUUUCCUGAUUUCCCUGAUGCUAUUAUGGCUGGUCUUUCAUCUCUCCUUCUGUGCUGAGGUUGGAAUUGAACACUUCUUCUGUGAUGUGCCCCCUAUAUACCAGCUCAUAAGUAACAAGACUGAACUCAGUAAAGUUGGGAUACUGCUUUUAGGGGUAAUGGCCAUUGCAGUGCCUUUCAUAUUGAUCUGCAUCUCUUAUGUGUUCAUCACUGUUGAAGUGCUGCGGAUACACUCAGCCAAUGCUCGUCGAAAGACUUUUUCUACUUGCUCCUCUCACUUAGCUGUGGUGGCCCUCCAGUAUGGUUGCUGCAGCUUUAUGUACUUGCGUCCAAAUGCUAACUUUUAUCCAAAGGAAGACCAGCUACUCUCCAUGGUCUAUACUCUGGGCACACCAUUACUCAACCCCAUAAUCUACAGUCUAAGGACAAAAGAGAUGAAGGUAGCCCUGAAGAAAGUCCUCAGCCACUGA